UCCUGGAUAAGAGGGGGAGGAAAGAGUGGGGUGCCAGGAUUAAAAGGGUUUGAGAUGGGGGGCCACACUGAAAGAGGAGAGGGCAGGGCCCUCAUACCUACAUCCAGAAGCCAGCUGAUGACGUUAGAGAGAGAGAAAAUAGGCGAGCCAGCGCCAGCGUGAGAGAGAGAGGGAAAGACGAAGAGGGAACACCGGGACAGGAGGCGUGGAGGCAGGCAGCCCCCAGACCGCGGCCAGCAUUUGCCUGGGCUCUCCUGAGCCACCAAAUCCCCCAGGCAGCAUGGACCCCAGGGUCCUCAAAGCUGCCCUGAGGAUGGGUACCAGGGCAGUGGUCAUGCCCCCUCCUUUGUGGGGGCUGCUGGGCUGCUGUUUCCUCUGUGGCUGGGCUCUGGGAGGUCCUCGAUCUCUCCGCUCUCUGCCCCCACUGUCCUCCGAAGUCAAGCCAGGAUCUGUGCCUAUCUGGGUGCCCUCAGAGGGGGCUGAGGCAGCUCUGGCUUUUCUCUAUUCUGGAGAUGCUCAAAAGCUGUUGGGGGCUAAUUGUAGUCAGCACUAUGAAGCACACGGGGCAGGAGCCAGACCAAAUCUCCCUCCGAUCCUACAGGGGGCAGCGGGCACCCUUGCCCAGGCUGCUAAUUUUCUCAACAUGCUGCUGCAAGCCAACGACAUCCGUGAGUCCAGCGUGGAGGAGGAUGUGGAGUGGUACCAGGCACUGGUCCGCAGCGUGGCUGAGGGGGACCCACGGGCAUACCGGGCCUUGCUGACCUUUAACCCUCCACCAGGGGCCAGCCACCUACAGCUGGCCCUGCAGGCCACCCGGAUUGGGGAGGAGACCAUCCUUCAGGACUUGUCUGGGAACAGAGUGCAGGAGGAGAGCCUGGCAGGGGACCUGGACAUCCCUGCUCUGCAGAAGCGGGUGCUGACCAAUGACCUAGGGAGCCUUGGCAGCCCCAAAUGGCCACAGGCAGAUGGAUUCGUGGGGGACGUGCAGCAGGUGAGGCUGUCUCCUCCCUUCCUGGAAUGCCAGGAGGGCCGGCUCCGUCCUGGCUGGCUGAUCACACUCUCGGCCACCUUCUAUGGACUCAAGCCAGACCUCAGCCCAGAGGUUAGGGGGCAGGUGCAGAUGGACGUAGACCUCCAGACUGUGGACAUCAAUCAGUGUGCAAGCGGCCCAGGCUGGUAUUCUAACACACACCUGUGUGAUCUCAACAGCACCCAGUGCGUCCCCCUGGAGAGUCAGGGUUUUGUCCUUGGCCGAUACCUCUGCCGCUGCCGACCUGGAUUCUAUGGGGCAAGCCGCUCUGGGGGGUUAGAGGAGAGUGCCACCCAGACUCCUGGGCAAUUCGGGUCCCUACAAGGCAGCUCCGGGAGGCUGCUGCGGUGCCAGCCAUGUCCUGAGGGCUGCUCCAGCUGCAUGGAUGCCACACCGUGCCUGGUGGAGGAGGCCCUGGCACUGCGAGCAGCAGUGCUAGCCUGCCAGGCCUGCUGCAUGCUGGCUGUCUUUCUGAGCAUGCUGGUCUUCUACCGCUGCCACCGGCGCAAGAGGGUCUGGGCAUCUGGAAUCGUCUUGCUGGAAACCAUUCUUUUUGGAUCCCUGCUCCUCUACUUUCCUGUCUUUAUCCUGUACUUCAAGCCCAGUGUAUUCCGCUGCAUCGCCCUCCGCUGGGUCCGGCUGCUGGGUUUUGCCACCGUCUAUGGCACCAUUACACUCAAGCUGUACAGGGUGCUGCAGCUGUUUCUGUCUCGAUCGGCCCAGCGGGGCCCCCAUCUGAGCAGUGGGCGGCUGCUGCAGCGCCUGGGACUGCUCCUACUGCUCGUGCUGGGCUUCCUGGCUGUGUGGACAGUGGGCACCCUGGAGCGAGGCAUCCAGCACACCCCUCUGGUGAUCCGAGGCCACACUCCCACUGGCCGCCACUUCUACCUCUGUCACCACGACCGCUGGGACUACAUCAUGGUCAUGGCUGAGAUGCUGCUCCUGUGCUGGGGCAGCUUCCUCUGCUACGCCACCCGGGCCGUGCUCUCGGCCUUCCACGAACCGCGCUACAUGGGCAUUGCCCUGCACAACGAGCUGCUGCUCUCUGCUGCCUUCCACACAGCCAGGUUUGUGCUGGUUCCCUCCCUGCAUCCGGACUGGACCCUCCUCCUCUUCUUCUUCCACACCCACAGCACAGUCACCGCCACGCUGGCUCUGAUAUUCAUCCCCAAGUUCUGGAAGCUGGGGGCUCCACCCCGGGAGGAGAUUGUGGAGGAGGCCUAUGAGGACGAGCUGGACCUGCAGCGCUCGGGCUCCUACCUCAACAGCAGCAUCGCCUCAGCCUGGAGUGAGCGCAGCCUGGACCCUGGAGACAUUCGGGAUGAACUGAAGAAGCUCUAUGCCCAGCUCGAGGUCCACAAGACCAAGGAGAUGGCUGCAAACAACCCUCACCUGCCCAAGAAGCGGGGCAGCUCACGCCAGGGGCUGGGCCGCUCCUUCAUGAGGUACCUGGCUGAGUUUCCCGAGGCCCUGGCCCGGCAGCACUCCCGGGACUCGGGCUCUCCAAGCCGCAGCAGCUUGCCCGGCUCCUCCCGCCGCAGGCUCCUCAGCUCUAGCCUCCAGGAGCCCGAUGAGCCACCGGCUCUGCGCAAGUCCCGAAGCACCUAUGACCAGCACAGGGAGCAGGACCCGCCUCUCCUCGACUCACUGCUGAGGAGGAAGCUGGCCAAGAGGGCCCCACGAGGAGAGAGCCGGGAGUCAAUGGAGGGGCCUCCUGCCCCUCCUGCCCUGGGCUUCAGGUCGGCCAGCGCCCACAACCUGACUGUGGGAGAGAGGCUUCCCAGAGCCCGGCCCGCCUCCCUGCAGAAGUCGCUCAGCGUGGCUGGCUCCAGGGAAAAGGCCCUGCUCAUGGCCAGCCAGGCCUACCUGGAGGAGACCUACCGGCAGGCAAAGGAGAGAGAGGAACGAAAGAAGGCUGAGGCAGUCAUGGCAGCCAUGGCAAGCCCGGUGCGGAGGCCAUCGGCCAGAAGGCUGCCACAGGCCCGAGGGGCCCCCCUGUCAGCCCCACCUUCCCCCGCGAAGAGCAGCAGCAUAGACAACUCUUAUACCUCAGGGAAGCUUCAAGAGGAGGCUGGAAGAAGGCUUCCCCACCCACCCAUCCGGCACCAGGUCUCCACACCCAUCUUGGCCCUGUCUGGGGCCUGCCUGGGAGAACCUAGGAUGCUGUCUCCCACCUCCAGCUUGGCUCCAGCUCUCAUGCCAGCUCUAGCCCCAACUCCAGCCCCUGCCCUGGCACCAGUUCCAGUACCCCCUCAAAGCCCCAGCUUACUCACCUUUAUCUGUCCCUGGGAGAAUGCAGAACUGCCUGUCAAGAAAGAAAAUGUAGUCCAGGAAGGCCCCCCGGGGCCAGAGCGAGGCAGCCAUUCCCCUGCCCCACCUCGAGCCAGGUUCUGGAGGGCCCUCUCCAUUGCAGUAGAGAAAAAGGGGCCUGGGGAGAAUGAGAUAGACACAGAAGACAGGCAUCUCCAGGAAGAAGCUGAUGACAUGGAUGAGGACAGGCCCAAAAUCUUCUCCAAAUCACACAGCCUCAAGACCCCUGCUCAGCAGGGUUCCAUGCGCAGCCUGGGACUGGCUAUCAAAGCUCUGACCCGCUCUCGGAGCACAUACAAAGAGAAGGAGGGUGGGGAGGAGAGUCCUGAGGGGGAGAUGAACAAAGCUGUAGCACAGAGUGUAGGGACAGCCUCCAGGUCUCCCAGGCUGGGCCGGCCCAAGGUAGUGAGCAAGCAGGCUGCCCUUGCCCCCUGUGACGACGAGGAGUCCCUCCAGAACCAACAGAAUGCUCACACGAGCAGAAUGCUCCAAGUCCGUCAACAGGACAGCAGCAGGGAACAAGAAGACAGAGGCAAGAGGACAUCCCAAGGUCUAGGGGAGCGGAAAGUUGAAAAAGCAGGUAAAACAGGGCCUGCCAUACUGAGGCAAGUUUUUAGGGACAAAAGUGCUGAGCAAGCAAAAGAAGCCCCCAUGGGAUGGCGGGAACCACCCAAAGCUGGCCUCUGGACCCUGAGCAAUGCUGACCACCGGGUGGUGGAUGUAUGCCCCUGGGAACUCACCGAGUCUGAAACAUGUCACCCAGACAGUAGCAACAAGGCCGAAAUCUGCCCCUGGGAGGUGAGUGAAGGAGGCCCUGAGAUGAAGGCAUUAAGACAAGCUCCAGAUAACUCCCAAGAAGAGAGGGGGAAAGCCCCUGAAAAAUCAGAGCCCAGAGAUGUGGUUGCCAUUGCACGGAAAAAGCCAGAGAGGCUGGUCAGGGGACAGGAAGCAGUGUGUCCCUGGGAGACUGCUGAGCCUGGAGGUCUGUCCCCUCAGUCAUCCCCUCAGGACUCUGACAGAAGCAAGGGCAGGUUGGAGGCGGUGGGCAGCGGGGAGGCUAGGAAGGUGGCGAAGGCAGAGCUGUGUCCCUGGGAGGCAAGUGAAGGAGGAGAGGAUGGGAAACCCACCCAGGAGGGAGCAAAGGAGCUCCCCCAGGAAAAGCAGAAAACCCCCGAGAAAACAAUCUUUUGGAAAGAACACACACUGGGGGGAGGAUUGGAAUCUCUCGGUCCAUGGGAGAGUACAGAUUUUCGGGGCCCCUCGGCAGUCUCAAUUCAGGCCCCAGGAAGUGCAGAGUACUCAGGGAGUUUGGACAGCAGCACUGCAAAGGUGUGUCCACAGGAGGCAGGAAAAGCUCCUGCUAUCAGGAAAGCAGAGAUCUGUCCCCAGGAGCUGGAUGGUGAGGUAAUGGGGCAGGAAAUACUGAGUCAGGGGACAGGUAGAGAAUCUCUCCAAGAAAAGGAAAAAGCCUCUAAAAAAGGAAGUUUUGGAGAGAUGGGGGAACAAACUGUGAAAGCAGUGCAGAGAUUAAGUCAACAGCAGGAACCAAUAUGUCCCUGGGAGAGCACAGCCCCUGGGCACUCUGGCCCAUGCCUAGACAAUUUCUCAUCCCAACCUGGCGGCCAAUUCCUAAGAAGUGGAGAAAGCAGAGCACAGGUGUGUCCCUGGGAAGAUCUCAAGCCAGAGGUACAGGAUAAAGCAGAAAUCUGUCCCUGGGAGGUAAGUGAAACAACAAAGGAGGACUGGACAUCAGGACAGGAACCAAAAGGAGGCGAAUCUCAAAAGGACAAGGAGAAAACACCUGUAAAAGCAGGAAUCAAAGAUGUCACAGCUCGUGAAAAGCCUGAGGGGCAGAUCCAAAAACAGGAAGCAGUCUGUCCCUGGGAGAGUACAGACCCUAGCAGCCUUCCCCCACAUCCAGGUCCUCGAGGCACAGAGAGACCCCCAGCCACUUUCCAGAUGUCAGGUAGUGUGGGGAGCAAAGCUGCUGAGAUCUGCCCAUGGGAUGUGGCGGAAACCACAACUGCUGAGAAGGCAAAGAUCUGUCCCUGGGAGGUGGAUGCUGCAGCAGGGGAGGAAAGGGCUCUGGGAGUUGAGGCCACUAGGAAGUCUCCAGAAUACAUAGGAAAGAUUUCUGCAGAUUCUGGACUCAAGGAGACAGAUGUUACGGCUCCAAAGAAGCCAGAGAGGCCAGCCACAGAGCGGGAGGUGGCCUGUCCCUGGGAAACCUUGGGUCCAGGGGACUCCUCUCAGCAUUCAAACAUUCUGGAACCUGACCGGACAAGAGCUGGGGACCAGGAUCUGGACCAUGUGGGGUGCAGGCCAGCUGAGGUGUGUCCCUGGGAAGUACAGGAAGCUCCUGCCGGUGAAAAAGCCAAGAUCUGUCCCUGGGAGGUGAAUGAAGGAGCUCCUGGGAAGGGACUGGAACAAGAGACGGGGAGUGAAUCAGCAGGCCAGACGGAGAAAACUCUAGAAAAGGCAAGCCUCACCUCCCUGGGAGAAGACAUGUCAAAAUGGGUGGCAAAACUGAGUCAAGAACAAGAAGCUAUUUACCCUUGGGAGAACAAGGAGUUGAGGGAGUCCUCUGCUCAGGCCUCCAAGGUCUUAGACUCUUCCAGCAGCACGAGUAGCACACAGGCAGAGGUGCAUUCCUUGGAAGCAACAGAGAAGGGGGACCUGAGACAAGUCCCAAAGACAGGAUCCCUCCCAGAACACAUAACCCAAGAAAAAGCAGGAGAAUUCAUUACUAACGAUGGGGAACAAACAAGCAACCAGCUGCAAUCUGUCUGUCCGUGGGAGAGCAUGGCCGCAGCAGGUUCUUUCUCCCACCCAGAGAGCCAGCACCCUGACCAGCCGAAAGCCAGCUCCCAGGGACCAGUCAGUGUUGGGAGCAGGGUUGCAGAGGUGUGCCCGUGGGAUGCUCCUGACCCAGAUGUGUAUAAAUCUGACAGCAGCGCCAAGGCUGAGAUCUGUCCCUGGGAGGUGACUGAAAGAAUCCCUGUACCGGAGAUGUCAAGACAGGAUGGAGAAGCACAGUCUCGAGAAGAGAAAGGCAGAGCCCCAGAAAAGCCAGAGCCCAAAGGUGUGCCAGUUCAGAAAGAGCCAGAGACAGCAGACUUGGGGAAGCAGGAGGCUGUGUGUCCCUGGGAGAAUCAAGAUUGUGGGGGUCCAUCUUCUGACAGAAGCAAAGGCAGUUCUGUGGCAGCAGGCAGUGUGGGAGCCAGGGUAGCAGAAGUGUGUCCGUGGGAAGUGGAAGAGGCUCCUUCUGCCAAGAAAGCAGAGAUCUGCCCUUGCGAGGUGAGUGAAGGAGCAGCAGAGGCACAGGGGUUGGAAGAGGAGGCAGGCAGAGAAUCGCCAGGGCAAGGAGAGCCCUUCCUUCAGGAGGCAGGGGCUGGGGGGGAUGGAGAACACUUUUCAAAAGCAGCAGUGAAACGCAGCAGCAAGCAGGAGACAGUCUGCCCCUGGGAAGGCACAGACUCAGAGGGGCCCGUCCCCCAGUCAGGUGCUCUGGACACUGAACAACCCAAAGUCAGCCCCCAGGGAGCAAGCAGUAUGGGGAGCAGGAUGGCAGAGCUGUGUCGAUGGGAAGUCACUGAUCCAGAAGGAAAUAAAAUAAAGGGCACCAUGGCAGACAUCUGUCCAGGUGAGGAAUCCGGAGCCCCAUCUGAGGAACCUGGCCUCCUGGCUUUAACAGCAACUCAGACGGAAAUUAUCCCCAUAGCCCCUGAGAAGCCACUAUGCCUUUCAGUCCAUGGACCUCUGGAUCACUCUCUUCCAGAAAGCAAAAGCGCCCACCCCAAGGCAAGCCAGCCCCCCAGUGCUUCCACUCUAGGUGUCAGAGAACUUCAGGGACCUUCAGGGCUUGAGUCAUUGACCAGCUCAGCCCCAGAGCCAGGUCUCCAAGAAGUUGAGGCUCAGAAGUCUUCCUCCUUAACUGAAGACCAAGGACAAGUGACUUCUGAAGCUCAAAAUGAAGAGCUCAUCCCUCCAACUGUCUAUCCUUGGGACUGGGAGUAACAGAUCCAUCAGGUGAGGUUAAACACAGAGCUAGCUUUCAGGAAUGAAGGUCCUUCCAAGUCCAAGUGUUCCCAAAGAGCUGAAUCAAAGACAACUUGGCCACUUCCCCUCCUUGGGAAGGCCAGAAGUCAACUCAUUCCAAAGACAAAUUAUAUAAGAAGAGUGCAGCUUGGACUCCAAUGGGAAGGCCCACCCUUUCUUUACUUUUAAUUGUCUUUCUGCUCAAGGAAACAAAGGCUGGACCCUGUGCUUCUAAAGACCCUUCCCAUUCAUCUAGAGUACUCAACACAAGCCAUCUGAGUCUGGACACUCACUUGUAAAGCCAGUGUUAGGGAUGAAAGGAGGUCAGCCAUGCCUAGCCUGCAUUCUCUCUUAGGGAGACCCAGUUCUUCCCUGAAGUCUACAGAGGACCAUUUUUUGAAAAGAAACUAAACCUCAUAAGGUGCUGGCAACAUAGGGACUGCGGACUAUAGAACACUAUAAAGAUCACCACAGAUAGCUAAAGAAGCCAUUUAACUAAAGUUGAAAGAUAAAUUGGGAGAAAAACUAAAAUGACCCAAAAUAGGUGCCUGAAAUGCCUUAAGGGCCUUGUCAUUUUGACUUUGAAUCUCCCACUUCUGCUUAAUUGCUUCUCAUACCUGUGCUGCCAGCAGCUAAGUAGAAACAAAUCAGGCACUCUGACAUCCAUGUCCACAUCUGGAAUCCAACGCAACGUCAGAGACAGAGAAUACAGACGGAAAAGCAAUUUUUUCAGGUCCUCCCGACACUGGUCAAAGGCAGACUCCCUUCCAGACAUCCUCAGUACACCUCUUGCUAGUGUUUUAGUAUGCCUCUUUCUGCCCCUGCUCUUGCUGGUCUCCAGCGCUCACCUCAUUGGCUCUUCCUCCUCCCCCUAACCUAACAGCACUGCCAUCAACAGGACCCCUCUCUUCUGCCACUGUAACUGGAACCAAGGGGACUCUCUGGUUCUGAUGUGAGACCCACUCCUUACUCAGUAGUAAGAGGCCACACCAGUCUCCUUCCACAGAAGCCAGAUAAAGAAAGGAAGUCCUGAAUACAGCCAGAAGUCUAAGUGCUUCAAGGGUAGUACUACGGGGCAGGUUAGAUGCCUGAGGAAAACAGCAUUGUGUAAAUACAAAGCCUUCUUUCUUAGGGAGCUCGCUUCUCUUCUCUCAACAGUUCAGGCUACCCUUGCUUGCACAGUACUAGAUAACAGAAUGCUGGGAUUAGAUGACACUACCAAAAGGAAAUGAGAAAGGAGAAACACAUACAAAGAAGUACCAGGAUUGGCAGAGGUGAGGCCAGUGUGGAAACAGGCAGGCUAAACAUGGCAGAGCUGGACAGGGGCACUAAAGAUGGCAGUAAGCCCACCCUCUAGCAGUACAGAUAUUGAUGUCAUUCAUGGAAAGAAAAAAAACAAAACAAGGUGACCAAAUACCCAAUGGGGAAAAAACGAGCUGUAAAAUCUAGUCUGCAUAUAAAUACUCUUGGCUUUGAACGUCAUGAUGUAUUGUACAAGGAAAAACCUGUUAUUCUUUUUCAAAUAAACUGUGUUAAAUAAACUGUUAUAAAGAAUAAACUGUGAACAGGACUUCACAGAAAAAGUAGCAAAGUGCUCCAUUUCCAAAAGGGAGCAGAGGAAUGGAGUAACCUACUCUCCUUUGGGGACCAGAUGCCCUUAUUCCCAUACCUAGGCCCUCCCACAAACCCAGGUCCCUUGCCUUGGGCUUUUAAAGUAGUAAUUGAAGUGUGCUUUUGCUCUGCGCUCUAGUUAACCCACAGCUCCUGG